AAGCUGAAUAAACUAAAUAGGUAUUAACAUAUGAAGAUGACUGCAGAGACGCCCAGUUUUUCCUCCAUGAGAUCAUGACGCUGUGCUACUGCCUAACCAACCCGUUUUUUUCCUCUCUCCUCAACCUCUUCAACCUUGGGUGUACAUGCGAUUACAUGAAUCCCAUUGUGCACUUGGCACGUCUGCAUAUUAUUUGCAAACACGCCAUUUUACUUUUCGCACUCCUUGGACAAGCUGCAUAUUUACGUGGUAAGGUUGGAGCAUUUCAGUGGAAGUGGAAAUUGGGCCGUGCAUUCCUCCAUUCAUGAACGGUUCAUGAGGAUUCAUCAUCACCGAGGAAAUUUAUUCUGUGGCGGAGAUAUAGAAUAUUUCACGAUCCACUCUUAGCUAACACACCUGGAUUGACUCUUGAGAAGGAGAAGUGGCGAUAAGGGAGCCAACUAAACAAAUUGAGGUUUUUAUCGAUACCUUGCUGGCAUCAUGGGUUACGGUGAACUUUCAUCGAGCAGCAAGGGCGUCAAGGAACAGAGGGCGAGGAGAAACAGCUAUGUUUGUAGUGACACCAUAUUAGCCAAGUUUCAACCCGUCGAUAUCGUUCCGCACCUGUCAUCGCCGCAGUCUCCUCCACAAUUUGGAUAUAACAAGAAAUUACUGUACGACUUAGUGCCCACGACCACUGAACCGAUCGUUUCGAAUGAGGCGUCGUCGUCACCAUUACCGGAAAGAAUCUGUAAUUGUGAAACGUGCUGGGGCUUGGGCGUCUGGGGAGGAGAUUGCCCCUUUGACACACUAACGGGCGAAAUAGUUUUCGAAUUUUUGGCACAACUGGAGUUAUCAAAGUCAGAGGAGGAAGAAGAUGGCCAAGGCCAGGCUUCGUUGCCAGAAAGUGGCAUGGCGGAUAUUGAGAUGACAGAUCUAGCCGCGGUACCGGUUAUCGCGACGACGACGACGAUGAUGACGCUGAUAGGUCCGAGUUUUUCGGGGUCGACACAGACCUCGUUUUCCUCGACGACGACCUCCUCCUCUUCUUUACAUGGACAGCUGCUCCUUCAUUUCCGUCCAGACUUGUUCGAGCCGAUAGUCAAUUCACCCUUGACACCGUUUGGGGAUGAAUUGACGACCAUUUCUGAUUCAGACUUGGGCAGUUUGACCGAGGCGGACUGGAGCUCGAUCCAUGUUCCGAUUACACAACGGGAAGAAGUUGCAGCAGUACCAGCAUGGCCGGAAAUGCAAGUAAACCUUGCAUCGCUUGAACAACAACCUCAAAUUCCCGGCCCAUCCAAGGACACCGGUCGCAAAAUAAACCGUCCGCCACGUCGCACCUCUUUGCCACCCAUUAUCGUGAAUAAUAAGGAAAUUGAGCACCCAGCUUGGGCAAAAGGUUUCUCUCAAAUAAAAAUGGGAUUGGGUAAAGCAUCCAACGCUUUGUUUGACUAUUUCUUCUCCAAUGAGGACAUUUUGAACAGCACGGUUUCCGGGAGGAAAGGAAGUACUCCAUUGGACCCUAACAAACUAGAAGCGAUUAUCAGGGCCAUCACUUGGAUGAAGAACAAUCAGGCGGAUGGCCUCGACCCGUACAAUUAUCGGGUCGAGGAUGCCGGUGAGUUGACCUCGGAUGAAUUAACGGCCGUAAAAAAGGUCUUCGUCGAGCGGAGGAAUGAACGGAAACGAGGUUUAAGAAAACUGCAAAAGAAGAAUGAAGGUGGUGUUGGUCGUGGUACGAAAAAAAGCGGGGGACGACGCUCUUCUUCUUCAUCGUCGUCAUCGUCAUCCUCCUCGCUGCCCCUCGAGAUCAAGAAUAUUAUCAAAACGUGUGGAAAAUCGAGUCCCACAAGCAGCGAGGAUGGUUCGAAGGAUGACGAUAAGCCUGGGAGUUCGAAACGUGUCAGGAAAAUGUGAAAUUUUUCAGUCACUCAAAAAAAGUCAUGAAAUUUUGCCAGUACACAUUUGCAUACAAACGGAAAAGCUUGAGCUAUUACCUUUUUCAAAAUAAUACUUUUGCUGCAUUUAUUACCUCGUAAAUAUAUAUUAAAAAGAUACUACUUUGUUACCUGCUUCGGAUAUUAGGAUUAUUUGUGGGUUUUCACUUUGAUAAGUCACUUAUCAUAGGUAGAAAUAGGGAGAUGAUGGGGAAAACUGGACAUGAAAAUAUUACAUUUAUGCUACCUACUUCGGAUAUUAGAAUUAUUUGUAGGCGUACACUACACUUUAAUAAGUGGAGGAGAGAUGAUGGGGAAAACUGGACUUGAAAAUCAUUACAUUUAAAUUAACUAAUUAACUAUUAAGGAUAAGUACAUAGUUUAAGAAAUGUUAUAUUUAUCAUGAAUUUAAAAAUGUUAACUAUUCUGCAUUAAAAUGCAUUUGACAUAAAUAUGUAUGUGCCAAAAACUUUUCAUACUUUUAAAAAAUACUAUAUUAACAAAGAUUUAAUAAAGACUAUUUAAAUUUUGCUUAAAUUUAGCUCAUUUCAUUUGUUGUAAUUUUGUUUCUUUCGAUGCCGACAAUUUAUUUUAAUAAAUUUCAGUUGUCAAUUUACCAAUAUUUAGUAGACACACUUACGAUUAUGAAAUGCAUGCAUGAGCCGUUCUUUGAUUAAUAAAAAACAAUUAUGUUUCUGAAACUUA